UCUAGAGCAGCUCAAGUGAUACUUUGCCUCGUGCUAAUGGUAACAUGCGCCGCAACUGGGCUAGCGUAUCAGGCACCCCCAGCACCACCUCCCCUCUUUAACAUUCCAGGCCUAUUGCCGCCAGGGUUCCCCGGCCUACUGCCGCCAACAAACCCAAAUGACAUAGCAAAGUGUUGGUCUUCACUUCAGAACAUUCAAGGGUGUGUAUCGGAAAUCUUUACCUCAAUCUUUACUCACAAAAUAGAAGUAAGCCCUGCCUGUUGUAAAGCUUUCCUUGCAAUUGAAGAGAGUUGCUGGCCGAAAAUGUUCCCCUUAACUCCUUUCUCUGCUCCAUUGCUCAAGAACACUUGUGCCCAGAAGGCAGCUCUUGUUUAAGGGAAUGCUGCUGGUUCUAAAGAGAUUGGGCCAAAGCAGUAUGUUGUAGGCAAUUAUUGCAGGAAAUAAGUAUGAUCAUUUUUCAAUUAGUCAUAUGGACUCAUCAUAGUCGGGC